AGUACUAUUGUCUGCAACAUGGCGGCGUCCGGUUGAAAGGGUGUCAGAGCAUAGGUGGUCAGGCUGCACCGGGGAAGGCUGGCGAUUGACAAAGCAGCUGGGAGGUGAACAUUUCUGGUGAGGAGAGAGAAAAGUGUACGCCACCUGAUUGGGGCCUGGGGAUAUGGAGGAUCGCAAAUCCUGGCUUACUCCUUUCAGCUCCCUGUCUGCUCUGUCCUGACCAGCAUGGGCCGACUCAGACCGCGAAGAGUGCAGUUUAUGGGUUGGGGAGUAUUACUAUGAAUAUCAAUCAUAAAGGUGUUUUGAAACUCACUAAAAUGGAAAAGAAGUUCUUAAGGAAACAGAGUAAAGCCAGGCAUGUGUUGCUGAAACAUGAAGGCAUCCAAGCAGUGUCUUAUCCCACUCAGAGCCUGGUUAUUGCCAAUGGUGGUCUGGGUAAUGGCGUGAGUAGGAAACAACUGCUUUUGACUUUGGAGAAAUGUGGACCUGUGGAAGCUCUCCUCAUGCCACCUAAUAAGCCAUAUGCAUUUGUAAUAUUCCAAACUAUUGAAGAAUCCAAGAAAGCAUAUUUUACCCUCAAUGGAAAAGAAAUCAUUGAUGAUUUGGGGCAGAAGAUCUUUCUGUACUUGAAUUUUGUUGAAAAAGCACAAUGGAAAAACAUGGGCCUUGAAGCCUUACCUCCAGGCCUCUUGGUGGUAGAAGAAAUUAUUUCUUCUGAGGAGGAGAAAAAGCUUCUGGAGAGUGUGAAUUGGACAGAAGAUACAGGCAAUCAGAAUUUUCAAAGGUCCUUAAAACACAGAAGAGUGAAACAUUUUGGCUAUGAAUUUCACUAUGAGAGCAACACUGUGGAUAAAGACAAGCCCUUACCUGGGGGUUGAGCCUCCCUAAUCUGAAAAUCCAAAAUUCAAAUUUCUCUAAAAUCUAAAGGUGUUUGGGAGCUGACAUUAUGCUACCAGUGGAAAGUCUCCAUAUCUAAGCUCAUGUGAUGGGUCAGUCAAGACACAAGUACAUGAAAAAUAAGGUCUUCCUGAGGUUUGCAGUAGCAUUUUGGAGAAGUUGUUGAAAGAAGGUUAUAUUAAACAUAAACCAGACCAGUUGACCAUAAAUCAAUAUGAACCUGGGCAUGGAAUUCCUGCCCAUAUUGACACGCAUUCUGCAUUUGAAGAUGAGAUUAUUUCUCUCAGUUUGGGGUCAGCGAUUGUUAUGGAUUUCAAGCAUCCAGAGGGUGUCACAGUACAAGUUAUGUUACCUCGUCGGAGUUUGCUGGUGAUGACAGGAGAAUCUAGAUACCUUUGGACUCAUGGAAUUACACCUCGAAAAUUUGAUACCGUCCAAGCGUCUGAGCAAUUUAAAGGGGGAAUAAUCACCAGUGACAUUGGAGACUUGACUUUAAGCAAGAGGGGAAUGCGCACAUCCUUUACGUUUAGAAAAGUGAGGCGAAUGCCCUGCAAUUGUAGUUACUCCUCAGUCUGCGACAGACAAAGGAAGGCCACACCUCCAUCCCUUACAGAGAGCAGUAAAGAAGCAUUGGAGUUAGAGCAAAAGCAUGUCCAUCAAGUGUACAAUGAGAUUGCAAGUCACUUCAGCAGCACAAGACAUAGCCCAUGGCCACGCAUAGUAGAGUUCCUGAAAGCUUUGCCAAGUGGUUCCAUAGUGGCAGAUAUCGGAUGUGGAAAUGGAAAAUACCUUGGCAUCAACAAGGACUUAUAUAUGAUUGGGUGUGAUCGUAGCCAGAACCUUGUGGACAUUUGUAGAGAGAGGCAGUUCCAGGCCUUAGUCUGCGAUGCGCUGGCUGUUCCUGUCAGAAGUGGGUCUUGUGAUGCUUGCAUCUCUAUUGCCGUCAUUCACCACUUUGCAACUGCAGAGCGCAGAGUGGAAGCUCUCCAAGAACUUGCCCGUCUCCUGAGACCUGGUGGGCAGGCCCUCAUUUAUGUCUGGGCAAUGGAACAAGAGUAUAAAAAUCAGAAGUCCAAGUAUCUUAGAGGAAAGAGAAUUAGCCAAGGAGAUAAAGAUGAGCUAAACAGUGCCACAUCUACGGAAGAAUUUCUAGUAAAUCAAACGCCUGAGGGGGUCAAUGAAGACCCAGCAUUGUCUGUCAACUCCAGUAGUAUCACCAAGGAAGAAGAGUAUAAGUCAAGGAAAGUUCCUAAUUCUGAACUCCCUAUUCAUAUAAAUAGGACCUGCUUUCAUUCCCAAGAUGUGCUGGUUCCCUGGCACCUCAAAAGAAACCCUGGUAAAGACAAAGCUAUUGAACCAUCUGGUGUAGCAGGAUGUCCUGACCCAAGUCCUGUGUUUCAUCGUUAUUACCAUGUUUUCUGUGAUGGAGAAUUGGAAGCUUCAUGCCAGGCUGUGGGUGAUGUUAGCAUUCUGCAGAGCUAUUACGAUCAAGGGAAUUGGUGUGUUGUUCUUCAAAAGGUCUGAUCACUUAUCUGAACAUAUCAUGUGUAAAGAGAAAAAAAAAAGUCAAUCUCUUUUUGAAAAGGAAACUAAAUUAUCUCUUUAAAUAAGGAGGAAAUUUGGAACAGAGAUACUUAGGAAACAUUUUUCUCUAUUCCCGUUGUCUGACUUCAUAAACGUAGGUUCCUCUUACAUGCCUUUUAAGUAUGGUGUUUGACAUUAACUUGUGAAAAGUCUGUGAUGUUUGUAUAUAUAUAGCAUUUGAAGAUAAACUUUUGUGUUAAAAUCUUUUUAUAACUCCAACUUUUGUAGGGUCAUAUUGAAGCAAUUAUGUGAGAUUUUAAUGAAGUGAAUAUUCCUGGACAAUAAGGAAGUAUCUGAAGAGCUGGGUGUGGUGGCGCACACCUUUGAUCCCAGCACUCGGGAGGCAGAGGCAGGCGAAUUUCUGAGUUCAAGGCCAGCCUGGUCUACAGAGUGAGUUCCAGGACAGCCAGGACUACACAGAGAAACCCUGUCUCUAAAAAACCAAACCAAACCAAACCAAACCAGAAAGAAAAAAACAAAUAUAUAUCUGAAGUUUUAUCUGAAAUUGUUUGUUCCAAAAAAAAAAAAUUAUACUUUCUCACUGCAUCUUGCUAUUACAUUCUGGAUGCCUGCCCAGAAACACUUUAGCCAGAAGAUUCUCAGUAAUUAAUAGAAAUUUAAUUCAACAGAUACUCAUUAAGCACACACCCUAUACUGAGUAGUAUUAAAUACUAGGAGUGAAGUUGUAAACAAGUAAAAGAGGUUGGGGUGUAGAUGAAUUGAAGAACCUAUGUUUGUCAUUGAAGCUCUAGAUUUAGUACUGAUUACCACAAACACAGACAAACCAGCAGGAAACAAGAACGAAGUACCUAGGGAGCUGACCUUCAAGAAGGGAUGGCUGGUACAAGCGAACAAAUAAGUAAACAUGGUGUGUGUGGUGAUCAUAAAUGCCAUGUAAAGAGUAUAAAAGUCUUUGAGCAAAAGAUUACUUUUCAAUGGCAAAAAUAACUACUAAUCCCGACUAAUUUAUUACCAGAAAUUACUAUUCCUGAUCCAUUUGUCUAAGCUCUAAACACAACUCUAAUAGUUUCCUUGAACAGUUAAAUUGCAAAAGUUAAAAUGUUUUCAGUGAAACCAAACAUUGUUCUUGCAGUCACAGUUGGCUGUUUCUUACUCACAGUUUGUCUCAGUUCAGGACAGGGGUUGCAUUUUUAUCUAGUCAGUGAAACCAAAAGCAUGUUCUUGGAAAGUAUUAGUAAAAUUGAUGAAUAUCUACCCAGACUGAGUAUACCAGGGGGAAAUUUUUGUGAUUUUUGUAAUUGCCUCAAUUAAAAAAAAUAAUUAAAAAUAACAUGUAAAUGUUUUAAAACCAUCAUGUUCUUUAAAAAAAUGUUUAUAAUGAACAAUUUUUAAAAUUGUAGUAGGAUUUUUUAAAAAUUCUAUUUGCAUAUACAUUUUGUUGUCUAUUUUUUUCUCUUUUGAGAGGGUAUCUCAUAUGGUCCAGGUUGACCUCAAUCUUGCUAUGUAACCAAGGAUCAUCUUGAAACCUGAUUCUCCUACUUUCACCUCUCCAGUCCUGGGGUUACAUGUACCAUCACAGCAGGCUGAAGUUUGUAAGUGUGUGUGUGUGUGUGUGUGUGUGUGUGUGUGUGUGUGUGUGUAUGAAAAAAUUAAGAUGUUGGUUAUAUAUUAAAGCAGCAGUUCUCAACCUGUAGGUCAUGACCCCUUUGGGGGUCAAACGACCCUUUUAUGAUUACCAUUGGAAAUAAUAAAUAUUUACAUUAUGAUUCAUAAUUGUAGCAAAAUUAUAGUUAUGAAGUAGCAACAAAAUAAAUUUAUAGUUGGGGUCGCCACAACAUUGAAGGGUCACAGCAUUAGGAAUGUUGAGAACCACUGUAUUAAAGGAACAUGUAGACCAGUGAAAUGGCUUAAUUGGUACAGGAAUGUGCCACCAAUCCUGACACCCUGAGUCCCCAGAACCUAUAUAUAUCCACUUAUGCCUAUGCAUGUGUGUAUAAGCAUGCAAUCACACAUACACACGCACAAACACACACGUGCACACAAAUACUCAUACAAUUAAAUAAAUACCUCCUUUAGAGAAAGGGUUUCACUUUGUAGUUUGACUGUCUUGGAACUAGCUAAAUUGAACAGGCUGUUCUUGAACCCACAGAAACCUGCCUGUCUCUGCCAAGUGCUGGAAUUGAAGGCAAGUGCCACCAUGUCCAGCUAAAUACAUUUAAAAAAAAGAUAUAAGAUUUUUAGCUAUUCCUAAAUCAAAAUUUGAAUAUUGUUCUUGUGAAUUCAAGUUUCCAAGUAAGCAAGUUAGCCACGUUGACUGAUCAUAAUGAAAGACUCCGAGAGGAACCCCUCGCUCAGGCCUCAGGACAGUAGUGGACCCCCUAGAACUCAUGAGAGACCAAGCUUGAUUCCAUGAGAGACCACAUGAGGCUUUAUUCGGGGGAAAGCCAGAGCUCUGGGGACAACUCAUAUCCCACACAGGGGUAGAGGAGUCAACCUCGUGAGGAAAGGGGUCCCAGUUUUUAUAGGCUCUCAGGGGGAAAGGAGAAGGGGGGAGUAGGGGGGAGUAGGGAAUUUCCAGAUCUAAACAAUGUCUAUUCUCAAGAAAUGGGUAUGGGAGGGGUACAAGGAAAGAGUCUGGUGCAGGUGUAGCAACUCAGGAUUGGCCCGGCUGUGGUUGCUGGGGAGAUUUUCCCACUCUUCCCCAGCAAACAAUAUCACAAACACCUGGCAAUGGGCUUCAUCAGUGGGCACACACAUGGGUUCCAGGAACUGUCAAAACAUUGGCAGACACACGGGUUCAAGGAGUGGCCAGAGCAUUGUGUAACUCUAUUUUUCUAAAUCAGUGAAGCUAGUUCUCCUAACAAUGAAAUCUAUCUUGCCAAUAUCAGGGCUUCUGUGACCUUUUACAUUCUGUCAGGAUCUUUCAAUAAGAACAAAAUCUCUUGAAAUGUAUGUUUACUCAUUAGGCUAAUUUUAAUAUUUCCUUAUUAUUGAAUAUUUUAGAAAUAAACUUAAAGGCAGGCAUAGAAUUGAGGCAAAGACAGGCAUGAGUUCUCGUCUGCUCCGAAGUCUGUGUCCCAGAGUUAAAAACUGGCCUAGGGUUACAUAGUGAAAGUGUACUGGCUGUUUUUUUUUGUGUCAACUUGACACAAGCUGGAGUUAUCACAGAUAAUGGAGCCUCUCUUGAGGAAUUCCCUCAAUGAGAUCUAACUGUGCCACACCUAUUCCUGUGGAAACUGCAUGACUGGCCCAAAAGCUUGGACGCCAUUCUGAGGCAAAAAGUUUCACGGAAACUUAGUCUCCUGGAGUCUUGGCAUCCCAUAGCACGAAUGCUCCAAACUUUGUCCUUGCAUCAGUCGGUGAACGGAUUUGUGUGCUUUCCUUCAGUAUCGUUUUAUUAUAAGAACCUCCAAGGAAAGAUUUGACAUAUAGCUAAGUUAGAUUGGUCUCCACCAGUGUACCAAUAUUCUAGGAAAUCGUUGAGCCAACCUUGGGUUUUGAAUUUAGUUAGAAUGCUACUCAUUCAGACGAAAUGCCACCAGUGUAGAUAGUGAAAGAAAUCAGGCAUUACAAUUUACUAGAUAAGAGCUAGAAAUCCCAGGGCUAGUUCUACAAAGUAAACUUAGAAUAACAGCCAAGUCACUCCCAUAUACAGGAAUUUACAAUGGCCUAGGAAGAAGGAAGGUUGUGGUCUAAGAAGGAACUAGAGUAAUUACUUAGAAUAACAGCUGAGUCACUCCCAUAUACAGGAAUUUAAAAUGGCCUACAGAGAAGAUGGAUUAUUCAAUAGACUAGAAUUGGAACUAUGGCAAGGGCAUAAAGCCCUUGGCCCUGGCUUCUAAGAAUAAGCUGACCUUAGUUGGGCCUGCUUUUUAUCCCAGUUGUAAACACUGUCUGGUUCCUUGUAGCUUUUAUGUAUGCAUUUCUGUUUUGUGUAAAGAGUUAUUUUGCAUCGGGCUACCUCAGUAUACCUUGGUUGAUCUUAAUGUAUCACCUAACUUCCUUGUUUUCUUCUGUGAUAUAAGUCUCAUCCUCGCUUUGAGACAUUACAUUCAGAUCCAACACUUUCUCUGCUGUUUGUCACCCUGCUGACUCCUUGCCCAACUGAGUACCGGAACCCUGAUUCUCCUGAGGGUUGAGGGACUGACUGAGUCCAGUCCGAGGCACAACUGUAAGGCAUUUUUUUCAAUUAGCAAUCAUGGCGGGAGAGCCCCAUUGUGGGUGGUGCCAUUACUGGACUGGCAGGGGGUGGUGCCAUCCCUGGACUGGCAGUCUUGGGUUUUAUAUGAAAGCAAGCUAAGCAAGCCAGGGGAAGCAAGCCAGUAACAUCCCUCCAUUGCCUCUGAAUAAGCUCCUGCUUCCUGACCUGCUUGAGUUCCAGUCCUGACUUCCUUGGUGAUGAAGAGCAAUAUGGAAGUGUAAGCUGAAUAAACCCUUUCCUCCCCAACUUGCAUCUUGGUCAUGAUUUGUGCAGGAAAUCCUGUCUUAAAAAAAAAAAAGUAAAUCAGACAUUCAUUUCCAUCAUUUCUUCUCCUUUGAAAGGGCAUCCUGGGGUGUCAGUCAAAAGUAUAGGAAGAAAUAUGUCCAUUGACCCUGCAAGGCCUAAAUGCAACUUACUGUAUGUUUUCUACCAAUAGAAUUAAGAAGUGUUUGUGAGUUUUUGUUACUACUCAUUUCUAGCACUGUCAGGCUGCCUAGCUAUACCUUUGUAACUAGAGUUUUCUUGAGACUAAAUAGGAACUGCCAGUGUGAAAACCUUGCUAAGUUUCUCCUAAAGUCUUUAGUAGAUAACUUUUUUAUUUUUUCAAAAAAAUUGUCUUAAUGCAAGAAAAUAUAAACAAUAAUGGCAAUUAGCUUUUUUGCAUUUAUGACUAUAAUUCUGAAGAAUUCUGUAGUUCAUAAGGAAAGGAUCUUAUUAUAAUUGUGUCUCAUACUUGACUCUUGUACUGUAUAUCAGUUUGUUAAUGAAAAUACCUCAUAGAUGAGAGCAACAAUAAUUUAACUGUGUUCAUACCAUAUUAAAACUGAUUUUUGGAUGCCCUGUUCAAAUCAGAACCCUGUGAAAUAAAAGAUUAAGAAGCAAUAAUGGGACUAUGGCAAUGUGAUUUAUGUUUUUCAUACCUGAUGAAUUUUAGCUGAAGUUUUUAAAAUAAAAGUUGUCAUAAUCUGGUGGCAGCUGUGAGCCUCCCUUGAGGACUUCCCACACACCUUCAUAGCUAUGUCUAACCUUAAGUAAAUUUGUCUUGUUAUAUAUUGUGGUCUGAAUGAAAAAUGACCCACAGUUUGUGUAUUUAACUACUUGGUCCCAGGUUGGUGGUGCUAUUUGGGGAGGUUGUGGAACAUUUACGCUGUAGAACCUUGCUGGAGGAAGAAUUGUGGAGUACUUUAAGGAUUUUUGACCUUUUCCCACUUCCUGCUUCGUGUAUGUGGAUGAGAUGUGAUCGCUCAGCUUCCUACUAUAGAAAUCUGGUGCCAUGAUGGACUGUUCAUUCCUUUGGAACAGUAGGACAAAAUAAACUCCUUCUAUAAAUUGC